AUGGCGCCUCCUUUGCCAUCUGCUUCCCUGCCCAGUGACUUUGAAUGGGGAUUCGCGACAGCUUCCUACCAAAUCGAGGGAGCCGUCGCUGAAGAUGGCCGAGGAAAGUCAAUUUGGGACAACUUCUGUCACCUCGAACCCUCAAGGACAAAAGGCGCCAAUGGCGACGUUGCUUGCGACCAUUAUCAUCGCUUCGAAGAAGACUUUGAUCUCUUGUCCAAGUAUGGUGCAAAAGCCUACCGCCUCUCCCUGUCUUGGUCGAGAAUUAUUACUUUGGGAGGUCGCUCAGAUCCCAUUAAUGAGCAAGGUGUUGCCUUCUACAACCGUCUGAUUGAUGCUCUUUUGGCACGGGGUAUUGUGCCAUGGAUUACGUUGUACCAUUGGGAUCUUCCACAAGGCAUCCAUGAUAGAUAUGGGGGCUGGCUCGACGUAGAGGAGUCCCAAUUAGAUUUCGAGCGAUAUGCAAAGGUCUGCUAUGAGCGCUUCGGUGACCGUGUCAAGCACUGGAUCACACUGAACGAACCGUGGAUCGUAUCGAUCUUUGGGUACUCAACCGGGGGUAACGCACCAGGAAGAAGCAGCACCAACCCUCAGUCUACAGAGGGUGAUUCUGCAACAGAACCCUGGAUUGUAGGCAAAGCUCUUAUCAUGAGCCAUGCUCGUGCGGUGGCACUUUACAACAAAGAGUUCAAAUUUUCACAAAGAGGCAAAAUCGGUAUUUCAUUGAAUGGAGAUUACUACGAGCCUUGGGACUCGCAAGAUGAGCAUGAUCACCAGGCAGCUGAGCGCCGAAUGGAAUUUCAUAUUGGCUGGUUUGCCAACCCUAUUUGCCUUGCAGAGGACUAUCCUGAGUGUAUGAGGUCGCAGCUGGGCGAUCGUCUGCCCAAGCUCACAGAGGCCGAUCUUCUGACGCUUCGUGACGCUGAAGUCGAUUUCUAUGGCAUGAACUAUUAUACUUCCCAGUUUGCUCGUCAUUGCCAUAGUCCGGCCUCGAGUGAGGACUACAAGGGAAAUGUUGAUGAGCUUCAGGAGAACAAUGAAGGCUUGUCAGUUGGUGAACCCUCUGGUGUUCACUGGUUGCGGUCAACUCCUGCUUUGUUCCGCAAACAUCUGACUCGGAUCUACCGGAAGUACAAAAAGCCGAUAUAUAUAACCGAGAAUGGAUGCCCUUGUCCUGGCGAAGAUCGCAUGACCGUGGAGGAGGCCGUGAAUGAUAUCUAUCGCAUUCGCUAUUUCCAAGACCACAUCAACGCCGUCGCUUUAUCGCGGGAUGAAGACGGCUCUGAUAUCAGGGGUUACUUUGCGUGGUCACUCAUGGACAACCUUGAAUGGUCGGAUGGCUACGGUGUCCGCUUUGGGGUCACUUUCACAGAUUACGACACACUCGAAAGAACCCCCAAAAAGUCUGCAUUACUUCUCAAAGAUAUCAUCGAGAGUCAUAUGGAUGGACCCGGUCUUAGUCCGAGAGCAAGCGCAUUACAGAGACGGUCUAGCGAUUUCAUGGAGCCCAAUAUCUAUGAGGAACCCGAAGAUGCUGCCGCUUCAACUUCAUGUUCUCUCUUCCCGAAUAUCUUCAUUCUGCAGCUGUUUCCCGAAGAGUGUGACUGUUCGGAUCCAUCAUCCAACUGCCUCAGUUGCCGCGUGGCAGGCAAGCAAUGCACAUUUGAUCUUCCAGUUUCUCGUCGCGGCCCUAAAGCGAAAAGGCGUGGAGUAACUACGGAAGCACAAGGACUCUCACCACACAGUCCAGCCACACCUGGAGUGCGGUCGCAAAAACAGUUGCCUCUUCCACGGCCGAGAUUUGAGGUGUCUGGUAACUCAGAAAUUCUGGAGCCAUGGGGAACAGGACCAGCUCCUUCCAUCGGUCUCGACGCCGGGCUUUCGCCAGUGACUGCUCAUACAGCCUCAACACUUCUGUCCCAUUCAACCCCGAGCGGUGGAGCCGUCGCCACUAUCGAUCGAUGGAAUGCUCUUGCACGAAAGCUAUACCAGCGAAGAUCAUCGCUUGUUCUGAAAGAUCUCAUCAAUCACUGCUUUGAUCUGUUCUUUACAUACCUCUUCCCUCUCAUUCCCCUUGUCCAUGAACCCAGCAUACGAUAUGGGUUGAGCUAUUUCACACAUGACGAAAGUCAGGGACCCAUUGAGCCCAGCUUGAGCUUGGUAAGUGGGUGUGGCAGCAUGAAAUAUCCAGAACUAUGGCCCGAUAUGACUUUCACUCUCAUCACGGCUGUCUGCGCGGAAGUGGCAUUCCUCUUGCCCAAAGAUAUUUUCUCAGAGGGCGACACGGUGGCAGACUUAUUACUACAAGCUUCACGGAGCUGUCUCGCGACAUAUCUGGAAGCUGAUCUUGAAUACCCCAAUGCCAAUUCCGUGGUCAUUCGGUACCUACACUCCAACUGCAUGCAUGCUGCGGGGAAACCAAGAAUAUCGUGGCACAUUUUUGGUGAAGCGACCCGGCUGGCACAAGUGCUUCAAAUGCACGACGAGGGGUCUAUCAAAGAUGUUCUCCCUCUCGAAGCCGAGUUCCGCCGAAGAGCUUUUUGGAUCACGUACAUUGGAGACAAAUCUGCCGCGAUCUUGAACAAUCGUCCAAUCACGAUUCACAAAUUCUCCUUCGAGUCGGGAAUAACAAUGAGAUAUCCCGUCGGAGCUGAAGAUGAGAUGGUUGCCAGUCCGGAAAGUACACAUGCAGACGACCUCACAACUCGGAACAGUUUUUUGGCCGGUUUCAAUGCCAACUUACGAAUAUGGCAACUAGCAUCAGACCUCCUCCUAGAGAUCCGUUUGAUCGAGAACCGCAAGACUCCGCCGAUGGUUGGUAUCCAUGGCUUCUCACCCGAAGACAGACUGCGGUUGGAUCAGCUAUAUGUGCUCUUCGUCACCUCUCUCGAUACUCUUCCUCCAAACCUGCGCGAUGACAAACUUUUGACAAAUGCCCGGGAAAAUAUGGAAGGUAUGGACGAUCUAUCAAGAACCUACACCAUUCAAGGGGUCAACCUGUACGUCACUCUAUAUUGUCUGAAGAUGGUCAUUGCCCAAAAAUUCGAGGAAACGCAGUAUUUCCUCGCGGACCACAAUGAAUUGUUGCUGUUGAGAAAAACAGAGGUCGCUCGAAGCAUGGUGAAAUUCAUUCGAGAUGCUCCAUUCUGGGCACUCCAGGUCAAUGGCGAGCCCUGCGUCGAAAAAAUACGUUUGAUCGGGGCAAGUCUUUUAGGGAUCAUUGAUCAACACGAGACCUCGCCUCUGUCGGCUCGUGCGCAGGCUGAUCUCUCCGUGCUGCUGGACAUUCUGACUCGGCUUGAUUCCAAGGCAUCCGAUACCCUACGUCGGUCUGUCUGA